UACCACUCUCGCCGCCUGUCCUCCGAGGCAUGAUGGGAGGUGUAGUUCGUCGUGGCCCGCUUCUGCGAGGCUUAAUGGGCGCUGUAGUUUGGUCUGCUGCGGGGAGAGGGCGGGAGUGUCGCCGGGCAGUGUCAAAGCGCAGGGGUGCGCUGGUUCUAGGCCCAGCCCUUUCUCAAUGGCUGCUGCCUGGCUAUCGGGGAGCGGUGCUCGCCCUGCUGGUGUGUGAGGGGCCGUGUGCCCGGGGACCUGGCUCUGGGCGCGGGGAGAGGAUGAGGGGGCGGUGUGGAGAAGGGCCCCGGACGGUGGUGCCGGCGGCUCUGGUGCUGCUGCUGGUUUCCACCCGCUGGGAGGGUGCGAAGACGCGUCCCGUGGCCUGGGGACAGCUCGGCGCUGGCAGCAGCCAGAGGGCGCGCAAUGUGGUGAUGGUGAUGUGCGAUUCCUUUGAUGGAAGGUUGACAUUUUAUCCAGGAAAUCAGACCGUGAUCCUACCUUUUAUAAAUCUCAUGAAAAGAUAUGGCACUGUUUUUCUCAGUGCCUACACCAAUUCUCCAAUAUGUUGUCCUUCUCGUGCAGCUAUGUGGAGUGGCCUCUUCACUCAUUUAACAGAAUCUUGGAAUAACUUCAAAGGUUUAGAUCCAAAUUAUACAACAUGGAUGGACCUGAUGCAAAAGCAUGGCUACCGAACUCAGAAAUAUGGGAAACUAGAUUAUACUUCGGGACAUCACUCAGUGAGUUGCUAUCUUUGGAGUACCAUCUGUCAGCAAAGGAGUAACCGUGUGGAAGCUUGGACAAGGGAUGUUGAUUUCCUGCUCAGACAAGAAGGCAGACCCAUGGUGAAUCUUACUGGCAACAAGACAUUUGUGAGAGUAAUGGAAGAAGAUUGGCAGAAUACUGAUAAAGCAGCAAGUUGGAUAAGGAGAGAAGCCACUAACUUUAGUCAACCCUUUGUUCUUUACUUGGGAUUAAAUUUACCACAUCCAUACCCGUCACCCUCUACAGGGGAAAAUUUUGGGUCCUCUACAUUUCUAACAUCUCCCUAUUGGCUUGAAAAGGUGACGUAUGAAGCCAUUAAAAUUCCAAAAUGGCCUCCUCUUUCAGACAUGCACCCAGUAGAUUAUUAUUCUUCUUACACCAAGAAUUGCACUGGGAAGUUUACAAGGAAAGAAAUCAGAGAUAUCAGAGCAUUUUAUUAUGCUAUGUGUGCAGAGACGGAUGCCAUGCUUGGUGAGAUCAUUUCAGCUCUAAGUGAUACAGGACUUCUUAAAAGAACCAUUGUUAUAUUCACAGCAGAUCAUGGAGAACUUGCUAUGGAACAUCAGCAGUUUUAUAAAAUGAGCAUGUAUGAAGCAAGUUCCCAUGUUCCCCUUCUAGUUAUGGGGCCAAACAUUAAAGCUCAUCAUCACCUAUCAAAUGUGGUAUCUCUUGUAGAUAUUUAUCCAACUAUGCUUGAUAUAGCUAGAAUUCCUGUCCCGCAGAAUCUCAGUGGAUAUUCCUUGAUGCCAUUGUUGGCUGAAAUGGCAGAAGAUGAAGUCUCAUCCAGAAGGCUGCAUCCCACAUGGAUCCUGAGUGAAUUUCAUGGAUGUAAUGCAAAUUCUUCCACCUAUAUGCUUCGAACUGACAAAUGGAAAUAUAUAGCAUAUUCAGAUGGGCAUUCCGUACCUCCUCAGCUCUUUGAUCUGUCUGCUGAUCCAGAUGAACUGACAAACAUAGCCACAACAUUUCCAGAAGUCACAUAUUCCUUGGACAAAAAGCUUCGCUCCAUAGUAAACUAUCCAAGAAUCUCUGCCUCUGUGCACAAGUACAACAAGAAGCAAUUUAUCAACUGGAAACAAAGUUUGGGACAGAAUUAUUCCAAUAUUAUAGCUAAUCUCAGAUGGCAUCAGGACUGGUUAAAAGAACCAAGAAAGUAUAAAGAUGCAAUUCACAGGUGGCUCCAAAUGAACACUAAUUAAUAAAGUAACUGCAACAGGGAUUAUUGACUGUCAUUAUAGUAACAAUUUCUAUUAAAUGAGCACAAUGAACACACUCAGGAAAUGAAUAUAUGCAGUUGUAAUUGCAACACUAUAUAAUUCAUAACAUCACAAUUUGUUUGCUAAUUUAAGAUAGCAAUCCAUGAAAAUAAAGCUCACACAAGCUUUUAUAUCCUUGUUAGCAAGUUAAAUGUGUUUGUUUUAUAACUGACCAUGAUACCAAACCUAGCUCCUAUCAUGUAAAAUUUCAUAUGUGUAGGCGUUAAUCAGCUUUUAAGGAUACAUGGGAAGGAAAGUGUAUUUGUGUGUGUGUGUGUAUAUAUAUAUAUAUAUUGCUUUGUAUAAAAUAUUGUGUAUUAAUAAAAUACAGACUGUAUUAGCCAAUUAAUAUUUAAGCAACAAAAUUCAAAGGAGAUUUUGCAUGCAUAAGGACUAAUUCAAAACUGAAUAAAGACCUCAGGAUUCGAUCCAGUGGGAUACAGAUUAUAGUGAAAUAUUCUAGCACCCAGAUAGAUUUUAAAAUAAUAAUGAAAAAGAUUCUCUGACCCCACCCUCCCACACCCACAUCAGAAAGGAUGUAGAGCAUCCAAAAAGGGCAAUAACUAGUGUUAGUCUGAACAAAAAUUCUGAGGCUAUGGUAGGUACCGGAAUAGACAACUAACUAACUCACUCUCUCUAAAUAUGUGUGUAUAUAUAUACACACACAGGCAUAUAAAAAUUAGAGACCUGUGGUUCUCUUUCCUCUCCUAAUGAACUUUGAUGGACAGUUUUCAACAUCUGUUUCUGGGGCCUGCUAUCCAGAACUCAACAGUAUGCAAACUUUGCAUAUAACUCACAGAGCAACAAAUAGGCAAAUAUAAACACCAAUUUUUCGCCAUAUGUGACAGGAAACUACAAAGCAUGAAGACCAAUGCUUGUGAGUAGACCUAUUCAUUAAUCAUCAACUGUAUGCUGUGCACUGAAUAAAAUAGACAUAGUCUGCCAGGAAAUCUUACAGUCUAAGGUACCAAUUCUCCAUGCAAGUGGACACUUACACCUAUAUGCAUCUGAAUGCAGAAUCCGUGAUUAAAAGAUAAAAGGAAGGAGAUGUGCUGCAAUGGGAAUCCCAAAGAAAAGAUUAACUUUGAAAAUAUCAAUAUUUUUAAAUCACUUCUAGUAGACCUUACAGAAAAUCAUUCUUACAAAGAAAUGGAGCGUAGGUAGGAAAAUUGACUGGCAGCUAUAACCUACUCUGUUUUUUUAAUGAAAUACAUAAUUACAGGAGCAUUUCAAUGUGCAGCUUAGUCUUUAAGCUAAUGUACAUGCAGCUGCUAUAGUAACUGCUCACGAUCACAUUAUGCCUCAUUUUUAAGAGCUCUCGAAUAGGAAUCCCUAAUAAAUAUUUCAACAGUAAAAUUAAACUGGCAAAGAUAAACGUGAAAAUACCAUCUGCUUUCUGAGAUUAAACAUUGUACACCUAUUGAGUAACUGAA